UAAAAAUCCUACAAUGUGUAUUGUAAAUGAUUGGUGCCGCGAAUAUGCCAAUCUCUAUCCUAAGAAGGCCGUGAGCAUAGGACAUCCUUUGUCAGUGAUUUUUUUACUGGUGGGCACGAUUUUUUUCUUCACGCUGCAGGUCUUUUAUGUGGCCCCCGAUGUACAUGAUGGUUUUAUGUAUAAGUUCUUUGUGAUAUCUGCGAUUUUUACAACAUACAAUAUCCUGGGAAACUUGCUGGCCUGCUACCGUACAAGCUCUGCAGUGAAAAGUUUGCCUCAGGAGCGGCAAAUUCCGAAACCGGGAAUGGAGCACCUGUGGCAUUAUUGCGAUAUCUGCCAGAAACUGAUGCCUCCACGAUCCUGGCACUGUCCACUGUGUAAAUGCUGCAUUUUGAAGCGAGACCACCACUGCAUCUUCGCAGCCACUUGCAUCGGACACAAUAAUCACCGAUAUUUCUUCUGGUUUACAUUCUAUUUGGCAUUUGGGAUUUUCAUGAGCAUGGCAACCUUAUUUUGUGAUGUGGGAAGGAGCGUUUAUUUACUACACAGAAUGAAGACUGGUUUUGGAAGCACAGUAAAAUCCUUAAGUUACUUUCGGUACGUGUGCUUGAUUCUCAAUAUAUUUGCCCUCGGAUUCCCUGCCCUCAUGUUGAGAUUUCAAGUGCGGAUUCUAAAGUUAAAUUCAACCUACUAUCAAAUUACCAGUCGCCAUCACGAUUUGGGUUUCCGAAAGAACUGCCAGCUUAUUAUGGGUCAGCGAGGACUCUGGACUUGUAUAUCUCCCUCGCUGAAGAGUCCUUUGCUGCAUGAUGGAACCCACUGGCAAAUUAAGCAAUGCUUCUAAGUGAAGAU